AGAGGCACUUCUUUUGUUACAGUUAAAAUUAGAUCUAGAUCUACAAGUUUCAGGAGGCAGUAAAAUACUGUUUUGAAAUAUGUCGUGUAUGCAGGAAUUGUAACCCUAACCAUUUCUUAUAUGUUAUUAAUUUUAAAAAUUUUUUACCCUUAUGGCCCUAUGGGCAAAGCUGACUUAAUUAAAAUCUGUUUGCUUUUUGUGUGCGCAGACAUCCCACUGGAGGGUUCCUCUGUAGAUCUGAAAGAAACAAAGCAACCUGCAGCAUCAUCAGAAGCAGACAUGAAAGAAAAGGACAACGGGCAGACGUCAGAUCAAGCUGCAGCAUGUACAGAUGCUCAAAUACAGUCCAUAUUAACCGCUGCAGGACAGAAUAUCCUUGACGAGGAGGAAGACGAAGAUUCAAAAUCAACAGACCUGGAGAUGGUGGAUUUUAUUGUGAUAUUUAAGAAAGAGAAGCAUGAAGUUUCUUUUCCAUUUGACCACACAGUCAGCAAACUGAAAUCUCACAUAGAAAAAAUUACAGGUGUGCCUGCAUCAUUGCAAAAAAUUAUGUACAAAGGUUUAGCGAAGGAUGAUGUGACGUUACGCGACUUGAAGGUGGUGAAAGGAGCCAAGAUCAUGGUCGUAGGCUCCACCUUGAAUGAUGUCCUCUCUGUCAGCGCCCCGGCCUCCAAAGAACUGCAAGCAGAAGAAAAAGCGUCUGCAAAAGCAGCGAAAGAACCUCUCUCAGAACAAAAGCAACACAAGAAAGUUCUGGACAAGUACGGCAAGCCCGACGACGUGCCUGUGGGUAUCAAGAAGUGCACGGAGCCCCUGCCACAGGUCCCUCUCUCCGGCAUGUACAACAAGGCUGGGGGGAAAGUUCGGCUCACCUUCAAGAUGGAGUCCGAUCAGCUCUGGAUAGGCACCAAAGAACGAACGGACAAAAUUCCGAUGCAGUCUAUCAAAGCUGUUGUGUCGGAAGCCAUCAAGGGCCAUGAAGACUAUCAUAUAAUGGGUAUCCAGCUGGGUCCGACGGAAGCCUCCAGGUAUUGGGUGUACUGGGUCCCUGCGCAGUACGUCGAGGCGGUCAAGGAAGCCAUCCUCGGCAAAUGGCAGUUCUUUUGAUGGCAUCGGCAACGGUUGUGCGAAUGGAUGUGUGGAUGGACAGAAGGAGGAGCAAGCUACAGACACUUGGACCUGUUUGUGUGUGUGUGUGUGUGUACAGUGCUGGAUUCAACACACUCACACGUGUACAUGUGCAGAUUUCUCUUUCUGUUGUGGGUUGUGUGUGCCCGUGGACAGACUGUGAAGGCGUGGAUUACUGUUUGUGCGGUGUGGCUUGAACUGAGUGCCAAUUGCUCAGAAAUUCUCUUGUGUUGGGAUUUUGAACAAUGUAGGAAUUAGUCAGGAUUGAUUAUUGCUCUUGUGGAGAAAAUAUAACCUACUUUUAUGCAGGACAGUCGUCAUUUCUAUGUUUUUAAAAAAAAGGUUUUGCACUUAGUUCUCAGAUGCUGAUUAGAUUUUUGAUUUCCUCAUGAGAAGCCUUGGCUUUGUAGAGGUUUUUAUCGCAGACCUGCCAAAUACUCCAAUAAAAUCUGAACCCUCUGAUUUUUUUUGGGCAUAAAAAUUUUAUUUAUUAUUUAAUUGAAUUUCGUUUUCAUCAGUCGUACACAAGUUAUAGUAAAUAAAAAUAAUACACAAGUUUAUUUGCAAUAUCUGCGCGCCUUGUUGUAAAUGACGUUUUUUUUCCCCCCCGUACUUGAAGUUUUAAUGAGGAUCCUAAGGAAAACUAUUUUUGGCCAUGGAGGGGUUGGCAGGUCUGUUAUGCCAUAAUGUCAGGGUUGGAGAAUUGCACCAGGCUUGGAAUCGUCGUGCUGUGGUGUGAGAGCAGUAGAAUCGCCAGUGUUUUUUGCACGACUCUGCAGCUACAUAAUAAAUUUAAUGACAAUGUGUUUUGA